GAUCUUUGGUUCCGAAACCCAUCUGCGUCGCCGCCGAAGCGCUUCCCGGACGCAGACGCUGCCACCGCUGCGAUCUCUGUGCCGCCGACGCACCGCACCGGUGCGCGGCCCGGCUUCUCCGCCGCUCCUACCUCAAGCCGCCGGCCGACGGGUGCGUCGUCGUCAACGUUGGUGGCGCCGCCGCCACGGUGACACCGUCCCACCGACCUCUUGGUCGCUGCCUCUGCCGCUGCCAUCCAUCUAAAAGAGUUCCCCAUUAACAAUUCUUGAGAGUGUCACAGAGCGACGCUCUAUUCUGCGUUGAAUUCUCUCGCGUUCAUAGGGAGUCCGAGGGGUCAUUGGCCUUUUCGUCGUCAGGCGCAGCAAAGAUUCCCUUCGCCGCCACUUGCAAAUGAACGCCGCUUCUGCUCCUUCCAAGCUCUAUUCUGAUGACGUCAGUCUCAUCGUCGUCCUCCUCGAUGCUAACCCCUUCUUCUGGGCGUCCUCAGCUGCCGCCGCUGGCGACUCCGCCUCCUCGCACCACCCCACCACCACCCUCCCCUUCUCCAAGCUUCUUAAUCAUGUCAUCCCAUUGCUCAAUUCCCUUCUCCUCCUCAACCAGCUCAACCAGGUCGUCCUUGUUGCCACCGGCGUCAACUCCUGUGGCUACAUCUACGACUCGGGAGACGGUGGAGGGGGAUCAGCAUGUGGGAGUGUGCCCGCCAUCUGUUCGGAGAUUCUUCGUAGGUUGGAGGAGUUUGUGGUCAAGGACCGGCUCCAGGGGAAGAGCCCCGACAAGGUGGUCGCCACUGGUGUAUCUUCCUUGCUCUCUGGAUCGCUCUCUCUUGCACUGUGCUAUAUACAGAGGGUUUUCAGAUCCAGAGCUCGACAUCCACAGCCUCGGAUUUUAUGCCUGCAGGGAUCUCCAGAUGGACCCGAACAAUAUGUUGCAGUAAUGAAUGCAAUAUUCUCAGCGCAGCGUUCCAUGAUACCCAUUGAUUCCUGUGUCAUGGGGGUUCAACACUCUGCUUUUCUUCAACAGGCUUCUUAUAUCACUGGUGGAGUUUAUCUGAAACCACAGCAGUUGGAUGGGUUAUUUCAAUACCUUUCGGCCGUUUUCGCAACUGAUUUGCAGUCACGCAACUUUUUGCAACUUCCUAAACCUGCAGGAGUUGAUUUUCGUGCUUCAUGUUUCUGCCACAAAAAGACAAUUGACAUGGGCUAUGUAUGUUCAGUUUGUUUAUCAAUAUUUUGCAAGCAUCACAAGAAGUGUUCCACCUGUGGGUCUGAUUUCAGUCAGGGGCCUACCGAUGCUAAUGCGGAUAGAAAGAGAAAAACUUCAGAGGUGCAGCCAUGAGCAGGAGGCAAAAUGCACAUUAAUUCUCUGUAUUAUUUAAGUUCAUUGUGAAGUUCAAUACAUGAGAGUUCCUAGGGCUAAUCUGCUUUGUUUCUGAACAAUUCUUUUUGCUGGAUUGAUGAACAAGCUUUUCAAACAAAGAUUUAUUUUCAUUGUGAACCUUGCAAGGUUUAGAAAUUGAUCACCGUUUGUGGUGGAUUAAAGAUAGGGAGAUGAA